CCGGGAAGGCGGAGCUUGUGCAAGCAGGGAGGCGGGGCUGAAAGUUCCCUAACCCCAGGAGUGGAAGAAGCAGCGUACGCCGUGAUAAAACACGUAUAAAAUGAAAGACAGAACGUUCUGCCUCGUGGUGGGCAUCUUCUCUGCCCUGAACACCAUCCAGUUCCUCAUCUUUGACCUGAACCACAUUACCACCAUUGGCUUCGAGGACAAAGUCAGCAUCUACAAGGAAACAAAAUCUGAGGUUGUGUCUUGGAUGCUGACCCACAAGAAAAGCAUCAGCUUUUUCUUAGGCACCCUCACCAUCGCCUUCAGCCUGCUGCUCAUCUACUGUACCCACUGGAACAAGUACUUGGGGCUGCUGUGCUACGCCACGUGGAUCAUCGCCUAUGAGCUCAUCAGCUUCUCCAUGGUCAUACUCAUCCACGGCGUCAUCGAAGAGCAGUUCAAGGAGCUGAGUUACGUGUACUGGAUCUUCCAAAUCUCCCGUAUGCUCCUGCACUUCCUCUGUCUGCCUUUCCUCAUUAGGCAUGCCUACAUCCUUUACAAGGACCCCAAGAUUUUAAACAAAAUAGCUCACCGCAGGCAUUCCUCCGUCAGUACGAUGGAUUCGUGGUCCCCUGUUGGGAUGGGAACGCUGUACCGAAAGCUGAACUGAACCCUGCCAAGAAGAAGAGGAAGAAAGGGAUGGCGCUCCUCAGCCAUAGCUCCCUUCUCCCUAACCUGCCUUCUGUUGAUUCUGCUUAAUUUCUAAGCGUUCCUGAGUUCUAGGCGCUGAAGAGUAUUCUUGGGGGAGGGUGGAUUGCAUAGAACCAAUUACUGUGCACGUGUGUAUGACCUGUUUUAAACCUGUGUGUGACCUGUCUUCGCCUUUUACUAAACACUACCUUUGUUCUUGCUUAACCAUCUCAUGGGUGUGUGCUGUCACUUCUC